AUGUGAAUGUGAAUGUUAGUUGGCGUCACUAGAGCCCACGCCUUCCCCAAAACAGAAGGUCGCAGCGGCUCUACCAACAACAAGAACAUUGAAGAAAAGAAAAACCAACAUCGAGCGCUGAUUAAUAUUCCCUUGCUCUUCAGCCAGGCAGCAGCGCUGGCACUCUUGCUACGAAUAGCCCUGACAUUUACAGAUGCAUAUCGCCAUUAUCUGCAGCAAUUGAUGGCUUCAGCCUCAUUGUGGGGUUAACGUUAACCCCACUCGGAGCAAAGUCCGAUCGCUGUAGAGAGCUGCAUUUGCCGGACUGUAUUCAACACUCCAUAUGAAAUGUCUUUAUUUGAGUAUCGGUCAGAAAGUCUAUACCAAAAAACAUGGCACACACCCACAAUAUCCUGCUGUUCCCAGGCGACGGCAUCGGCCCUGAAGUGAUGGCCGAAGCCGUGAAAAUCCUCAACCACGUUGCAUCUCUCGCUUCUGUUUCCGCGUCGCACCAGUUUCAUUUUCGUUCCGAACUGAUCGGUGGCUGCAGCAUCGACGAGCAUGGCAAAUCUGUCACUCCAGAGGUCCUCUCCAUUGCACGCGACUGGGCCGAUGCGGUUCUCUUCGCUGCUGUCGGGGGCCCCAAAUGGGAUAGUCAGAGAAGAGGCCUUGACGGGCCCGAAGGCGGCCUCUUGCAGGUUCGGCGUGCAUUGGAUAUCUAUGCAAAUCUGAGGCCGUGUGCAGCAGAUACCCCAUCUCCAUCCAUCUCAAGAGAGUUUAGCCCUUUUAAGCGGGAUGUUAUCGAAGGUGUAGACUUUGUAGUGGUGAGGGAGAAUUGUGGGGGAGCAUACUUUGGGAAGAAAAUAGAGGAUGCUGACUACGCAAUGGAUGAAUGGGGCUAUUCGACAGCUGAAAUCCAACGUGUCACUCGUAUAGCAGCGCAACUGGCUCUUCGACACAAUCCCCCGUGGCCAGUUAUUUCACUCGAUAAAGCGAAUGUGCUUGCUUCUUCUCGGCUCUGGCGCAAAGUGUUUGAGCAGACCAUGCAAACCGAAUUUCCACAGGUCCAAUACAUGAACCAGCUUGCCGAUUCUGCAUCGUUGAUUCUAGCAAUCAACCCCCGCAAACUGAACGGCGUCUUGCUUGCUGAUAAUACCUUUGGGGAUAUGAUAUCCGACCAAGCAGGCAGUAUCGUAGGUACAUUAGGAGUCCUGCCAUCUGCCAGCCUCAACACUCUACCAGGGUUGCCACUAGAUGCAGGUAAAAAGCAAAAGGCUUUGUACGAGCCUACCCAUGGCUCAGCUCCAGACAUUGCGGGAAAAAAUAUUGCUAACCCGACCGCGAUGAUUCUUUGCGUCGCAUUGAUGUUCCGAUAUUCCUUUGACAUGGAAAAAGAAGCCAAACAAAUAGAGGAUGCAGUUAGAAAUGUGCUAGAGGCAGGCGUACGGACGGGAGACUUGCGAGGAACAGCGACCACAAAGGAGUUUGGAGAUGCCGUUGUUGCAGAACUGGAGAAGAUUGCUUCUUAAUUCCGAGGUUUGAACACAGUCACCAAGAGUAAAUUAACUUUCAAGACGGGUUCUUUAAGGUCCUUGCAAUCUCUUAUCACAGAAUAAAAUUGCUAUGGAUAUAGAAGGCUACACAUUAUACUAUACAAACACCAUUCAGCAUUAUUACAUAUGUGCCUUUGUCCCAUCAUUCCGCCUUUGAGUGUUUAGC